AACUUCGCCCCGCCCUCUUUCCCCGCCUCAGAAAGAUGCCAAGCGGAGGGAAGGGAGGAUGGCGUCGACCUCUCCGGGGCCCUUAAGCCUCUUCCUUCUCCUCUUCCACACCGCCUCCUCGUCAACGCUCGCCCCGUUUUGCCACACGGACUUCCUUACGGCCUUGGCGUGCUCCUGGGAGGCGCCCCCUUCUUCGGACUGCGACGACUUCCGCCUCCUGCUCACCCAGAAACACCACCGGGAGAACCAGACCUGCGUUCCGGCUCGAGAAGAUGGCCGGUGCCGGUGCCUCUUCCCCAGGAAGGAGUUCCGCCUCGUUAAGUUCCAUCUCAAGCUGGAGCAGAGGGAUGGGCCCCGGUGGAAGAGCGCCUGGGAGACCGUUCAGCACGCCGAAAACAUCGUGAAGCCCCGGCCGAUGGUCAACCUGAUGGUCACGAAGCAAGAUCUCUCCUUCCGCCUCUCCUGGCAGUGGGACUACCCCAAGGACAGCCCCCUGGUCACUGCCACGGCCUACUUCUGGGUGUCCUAUUGGCCCAAGGGCCAACCAGAGAAGGCAAUCAACACCACCGUCCAGAAGCCAACCUACGACAUCUUUGCCGACCGCCUCCAGCCUGCCUCCGACUACGUCGCCAGUGUCCAGGUCAAGCUGGAAUAUUGGGGGGACCUCUGGAGCGACUGGAGCCAGCCUUGCGAAUGGCACAACGAUUUUGAGUCAGGAGAGGAACUUUGGAAGCUGGUGCUCUGGUCCUGCAUCCCAAUCGUGGCCAUGAUCCUGACCUGCUACCUCUGCUUCGCCAGGGUGAAGAGGGACUGGUGGGAUCGGAUCCCGAGCCCUGCCAAAAGCAAGAUGGCAGAGAGCAUGGCUACGUUUCCUCCUGGGAAGCGGAUCCCAUGCAAAGAAAAGACCCUCCUACCAGGACCAAGCAAAGGAAACGGCAAAGGCCCCCAGAGUGUCCCUCCGGUGCUGCAUGAAGUGGACCCUGGCCCCAAACCAAAAGCCUUCCUGAUGCCAGAGGUGGCUGUGGUUGAGUCCCCGCUGAUGGUCUGCAGCCGCGUGGCCGAGACCAAGACCGAGGGUUUACUCAAAGAGGAGCAGGAGGAGGAGGAGCUGAUUCCCCCUCACCAAGACGCAGUUGCUGGCCUCUUCCGGGACCUUCUGGACGGAGGCUUUGGGAGCGGAGAAGCCCGAGUCCUUGAGCUUCCGGCUCCUGAAGAGAAGGGGGCCCAAAGAGGCUUUCCUCUGGAGGCGUCACCCGGAUCUGGCUUCCAGGACUCAGCCAAUGCAGGGGCUAUGGGGAGUCUGACUGGACCUGGGCAUCCUGUGGAGCAGAGCUGUGCCCCUCUUGGCUCCCCAUUUCCUCCCCAGGGCCCUGGCAAUGGCAGGAUCUGUCCUUGGUUGGAGGGCCCGGCUGCCCUCGGCUACAGGUCCAUCAGCAGCCUGGUGCCUCAAAUGUCAGCAAACUCCAGCCAUGAGGAGGAGGAGGAGGAAGAAGAGGAGGAGGAGGGACGGGUCGCGGAGGACCUGGGGCCCCACAGCAGUCUUGCAAGGCAGUGCGGUCCUUUGCCUGGGCUCCAGAGUGCCUUUCCGGCAGACCUCAGCGCACUCUGGCUCCCGACUGCAGCCCUUGAACCCUCAAAAGAGAGAGACCCAGAUCACCUCACUUGGGAGGCCCCAGCCGGAAAGGCAGAGGACCCACCUUGCCCAGCGACCUCCCUCUUGUCCGGCUACCGGUCCUUCACCUCCGCACUUCAAGACAGCAGCCCAGCCCAAGAUGGCAGUGCCUUAGCCCUCCUACCAGGGCCCUACCAGCCCCUAAUGGCCCUCCUGCGGAGAAGCCACCCUGGCCCCAUUGAAGAGAGCCAUGCCACUGGGCCAACCCAGCCGUGGGCCUGAAGGGAGGGUUCUGCUCCUCUCCUGAUCCUUUUUCUGCCUUUACACUACAGGGAUCUCCUCCUAGUGCCCUCCUGCCUUUUGCCAGAGGAUGGCUCUGGCUGCACAGAACGAGCACCUUUUUUAUUCUGAGAGCAUUAAAGUGUUUUUCUUCUACAAUCUGCCUCCUUCCUCUUUCUUGCUCUGUUGCUGAAGGAAGCUCUGUCCACACAGCCUCGAGAGCACCGCCCCCUCUCUCCUUCUGGGGAAAACCCCAUCCUUUCUCAAUGGGUUUCCUGGAAGAAAAUGGGGGAAGAGUUCUCAAGAAACAGGAGACUCGGGAACCAAACACCGCCAUCAUUCUGCCACAAAGCAAUGGCAUCCCUUUCUGCCUCCAUCUUCCCACUUAAAGUAUACACUAGAUAUUGGAAAACCCUCCCUUAGCAGAACUGGAACAAUAUAUUAUAGAGUUGCUGAUGAUGGACAAAAUAACGAUGCACUUAAGAGGAGAACCUUUAGAGAACUUUGUUAAGGAAUGGCAACCAAUGAUCCAACAUUUCAAUGUAAAAUUAAUCUAAAAAUGUACAUAGAGGAAGCUAAUAGACUGAAGGCAGGGAGGAAACGGAUAUAAAUUUGGAACUUAUAAUAUUUUUAUAUGUACUAUUCAAACAGAAGACUGACCCCUUAUUGAAAAUAUAUUGUCUGAGAAAUGAUUAUGAAAAACUAAUAGAUGAAAGUAUUGCACUGUAUGCAACAAACACUUGCAAUGUAUUUGAAUGAAUGAAAAUAAAUAUUAUACAUAUAGUAGAGUCUCACUUAUCCAACAUAAACGGGCCAGCAGAAUGUUGGAUAAGCAAAUAUGUUGGAGAAUAAGGAGAGAUUAAGGAAAAGCCUAUUAAACAUUAAAUUAGGUUAUGAUUUUAUAAAUUAAGCACCAAAACACGUUAUACAACAAAUUUGACAGAAUAAGUAGUUCAAUACACAGUAAUGCUAUGUAGUAAUUACUGUAUUUAUGAAUUUAGCACCAAAAUAUCAUGAUGUAUUGAAAACAUUGACUACAAAAAUGCAUUGGAUAAUCCAGAACGUUGGAUAAGCGAGUGUUGGAUAAGUAAGACUCUACUGUAUAUAUAAAGUAUUUUUUGAGAAAGUGUAGCAGGAUCAUUGCUUUUUGCAAGCACCUUUUUUAAAAAACCCACAAAAAACAGCAGGCAUCACUUUAGAACAAUAACAGUCCCAAAUGAAGCAGGAAGUAAUCUGACUAGCAUGAAAACAACACAACAGCCAAAUAAAUGUGUUGCCGAAGGCUUCCAUAGCUGGAAUCACUGGGUUGCUGUGAGUUUUGGGCUGUCUGGCCGUGUUCCAGAAGCAUUCUCUUCUGACGUUUCACCUACAUCUGUGGCAGGCAUCCUCAGAGGUUGCAAGGUCUGUUGGAAACUAGGCAAACUUGCAGCCCAGAAAACUCACAGCAACUUAGCCAAAUGUUACAAAAACAGGAGGGAAACAAAUCAAUAAAAUUAUUUGAUUUUA